AUGUGGAUUGCAUUGGGUUUCAUUCAGCCGUCUCAAGCAAUGACUAUGGAGGAUAUCGGAGGAAGGUAUUUUGAUGUUUUAGUCAAAAAAGCUUUAUUUGACAAGGUUGCAUAUGGCUACAAGGUCGGAUAUUACUAUAAGAUGCAUGAUUUAAUACAUGAGUCAGCAUCUAAAUUUUUUGCACAGGAAUGCGGUACACUUGUGGAUGAUGUAGUGUCAUCUCUCAAAAUUUCUGAGACUAUUCGACACUUAUCUGUUCAAAUUACAAAUCCAGACAUCAUAAAAAUUAUUGGGCAAUUUAAGUAUUUGCAUUCUCUUAUCUUGUUCUAUAAAACUUCUAAUCAGGAUCUUUGCAAUGCACUUAUUGAAGUAUUCAAAGCAACGAGAAGUCUACGCUUAUUAUACUUAUCUGCUCCAAGCUGGGAAAACAUGCGCUUAUUAUACGAAUCUGCUCCAUGCUUGAAAAUGAUAUCUGAGGAGAUUGGAAAUUUGUUACAUCUUCGAUGCUUAAAGAUUACUCUUCAGGAUUUGAUUAAGCUGCCAAGAUCUCUAAGUAAUCUUUAUCACUUGCAAUACAUAAACUAUGAUCCCCCAACCAUGCUAAGCCAAAUUAUAGUUGAUUUUUUACCAAAUGACAUCAAUAACCUUUCUAACUUGCGUUGCGUGAAAUUUCCCAUGAAUUAUAAUUCAUCGAUAUGUGGGGUUGGGAAGCUAAAGUCUCUUCAACAACUGAGUAUGUUUGAUCUUAGAAAUGUGAGUGGUUAUAGAAUUGGGGAGCUGGAGAAUAUGAAUGAUCUUUGCAAAUUAGGAAUCAACUGCCUUGAAAAUGUUAAAGAUGCCGAGGAGGUUUGUAGUGCCAAAUUAUAUGCCAAGAGGAGGCUCAUAGAUUUAACCUUAUGUUGGAGUAACACUGAUUCGAGGAACAUCGAUUUAGAUGAGAACGUGCUCGACAACCUUCAUCCACCAAAAUGUUUAAGGAAUCUGAGGAUAGAGAGAUACAUGGGUGCAAGGUCUGCAAUAUGGAUGAACAAUGUUAAUAUGCUGUCCAAUUUAAAGAAAAUGGAGAAAAUCGAUUUGAUGGAUUGCUUGGAGUGUGAAACUCUUCCACCUUUUGGGCAACUUCCCUUCCUCAAGUCACUGUUACUUUGUAACAUGCCGAAAGUAAAAUGGCUCGAAAGUAAAUUUAAUGGGAAUGAUAAAUACCGUUCCUUUCCAUUGCUAGAGAAGUUAGAUAUUUGGGGAUUAAAAGCAUUAGAGGAUUGGUUUGAGGCAGGAGUAGCUGCUGAAGAUGGAUGUUUGUUUCCAUGCUUAAUUCAACUGUUUCUACGUGACUGCCCGAAGUUGAAAGAGUUGCCCUCUUUGCCUUCUAAGCUCAAGAGGUUGGAGAUACAUGAAAUUGGGUGGACGACUUUCAAUUUUUGUAGCAAUUCAAAUCCUAUUCCCCUUGAAUCAUUAGGAGUCCUGCACUGUCCAAACAUUACAUCGCUUCCUCUGGCUGAUGAAAUAGCAAGACUUGCAGCACUAAGAUACUUGAAAAUUAUAAAUUGCCCCAAUCUGAUCUCUAUCGGAAGAUAUCCACAAGUGGAGACCACUAAUAAUUGUCAUCUCAUGCUCAGCGAUCUCCUUACAAGUGAUCCAUCGGUGUUGCUAAUGGAGCCAUUGAGAAGUAUCGCCUCCUUAAAAGAGCUGAAUAUUUGGAAUAAUGAUGAGCUGGUUUCAUUUCCAAAUGAGGCGGAGCAGUGGUUUCUCAAUGGCAGGUCUUCUCUUUCUGAGCUGCGAUUUUUUAAUCUCAAAUCCUUAGAGUCUCUCCCAUCCUCCUUUGAAAGCUUAUCUUCACUUCAGAAACUAUCUAUUGGGCGCGUUCCUAUGCUUCGGGAAUUACCGAACCUUCCUCCCAAUUUACAACAUCUAUCAAUUUCGGGAUGUCAUCCAGAGUUGAAGGAGCCCUAUGGAAAGGAUGGAGGCUCCGAUCGGCACAAGAUUGCUCACAUUCCGAAUAUCCAUAUACGUUAA